GCCCACUUCACGGCACGUUUGGUCCGAUCUAGUGUCGUAUGGCGGCCAAAGUUCGCUCCAAUGUUGAUGGUCGGAUGAUGGCUCUUGAUUGCAGCGCCCAGUUGCUCGGAUAUUAGCCCUUGUUAGUUGUCCCCAGUGACCCGGGAAGGAUUGUGGAGAAGCGAGCUGCACCUCUAGAUCCGACCGUGUCUUCACAUAAGAAGUAGUUAGUACCCCAGGUUUGGGAUCAGCAUCAAGCAGCCUGGAGCACUCCGCAGGCCCAACGCUCCCUCCUCUCGUCUAGUAUUCAACUGUUGUUCAGUCCCAUUCAUCAUGGGUGGCUUUGCAAGGGCACCAGAGGACAGGCCGACGCCUCCAGAAGUUUAUAAUUGGAGGGUCUAUAUGGCCGCGCUCGUCAUCUCAAUGGGUGUUUUGGCCUACGGUUAUGACUCUGCAUUUAUCGGGGGCCUAUUAACGUACGAGAGCUUUAAGCGUGAUUUUGGAAUCACACCGGCGAAUAAGAACGAGAUCACAAGCAACAUCACCUCCAUAUACUCUGCAGGUGGCCUCAUCGGAGCCCUCUUCAUGUACCCCAUCCUUGAGGUCCUCGGUCGCCGCACGACCGUCAUCAUCUCGGACGCUAUCUUCAUCUUUGGUGCUAUCCUCUGCACGGUGCCAAAGAAUCAGCUCAGUCUCGUACUCGCUGGCCGUUUCUUCACCGGUAUGGGCGUUGGUGGAAUCGCGGCUGUAUCUCCUAUCUACAUUGCCGAGAUCUCGCCUCCCGCUAUUCGAGGGCGAUUGACUGGUUUCUUCGAAUCUUUCUACCAGACGGGCGCAGUUAUCGGGUUCUGGAUCAACUAUGGCAUCGUACAUAAUAUGGAUCGGAGCAAGUCGACAGCUUGGAGAAUUCCUAUGGCUGUGCAGCUCAUUCCCGCCGGUCUCCUCGCUCUGAUGAUCCCGCUGCUCAAAGAAUCGCCUACGUGGUUGUUGAAACGUGGUCGUGAAGCCGAGGCGCUCAAGGCCUAUAGCUUUUUCCGAAACUUGCCAGAGGACCACCAGUAUAUUGCCGAAGAGGUUCAAUUCGUCAAGAACGACAUCGCCAAAGAACGUGCAGCACUUCUGGUUGGCGAGAAGCAUGCCACAUUCCUCACCACCGUUAAGGCUGCUGCAAAGGAAGGAGCGCUCCCAGGCAUGCGAAACCGCUUCUUGCUGGUAUUCCUUAUGUUCAUGUGGCAGGCCUGGUCAGGCGCAGCGGCUAUCAACUACUACAGCCCGACUAUCUUCACGUCUAUUGGUCUCUCUGACGUCACGCUGUGGACUGGUGUUUAUGGUCUCAUCAAGGCUGGCGGCUCCAUCAUCUUUUUUACCUGGUUUAUUGACAUGUUUGGCCGCAAGUGGCCAUGGAUCAUCUCGUCACUGGUCUGCGCGUUCUGUCAGUACUACUUGGCCAUCUACAUUGCUCUUGGCAAACCGAAGGCCGGCCAGCCAAUGUCUGACUCCACGGUCGCCGGGGGAAAAGCCGCAACAGCCAGUAUCAUGAUCUUCGGGGCGGCCUGGAGUUUUGGUGCCAACGGCCUCCCAUGGAUCAUCUCAUCCGAAAUUUUUCCAGCAUCACUUCGGUCCAUUUCGGGCCCCUGGGCUGCUGCAUCCGUCUGGAUUUGGACUCUUAUUGUAACAAAGUCGCUUCCCCAGAUGUAUACCUCUAUGGGGUGGGGUGUAUACGUGUUCUUUGCCACGAUGUUAAUCUGCGCUAGCAUAUAUGCGUUCCUCUUUAUCCACGAUACUAAAGGUCUACGCAUGGAUCAGAUGGAUCAUCUAUUUGGAUUUGAAGGGCAAAGAGCGGAGUUUAUAGCACAGGCACAUGCAAAUGCAGAUGCAAAGGCUGUGGAUGACGAGAGCGAGCACCACGAAAAGGUUGGGAGUGCGAAGGUAGACCGCACCGACAAGUUAGUUUAGAGUUAUAUCAUUGACCUCGCUUAGUGGAGCUAGGAGUAACUCCAUAAGUUUUGUAUAUAAAGAUGCAAAUCACAACGCAUAUUGAAUAUCUUCAGGCACUACUUACUGUAGCCGCUACUACGGAGUAGUGUAUACAUGUAUUCUUCUUGAUCCAACUAGAGGUCUAUGCAUGGUUCAAAUAUAUCAAUUACAU